AUGGUCGGACACCCUCAGUACGAAAAAUGGUUCAAGGCCAAUCUGCGAUGCAGCCAAGCUACGUUCGGUCGGCUCGUCGAAUGGCUACGACACGAACUACCUGAACGCUACCGUCGGCUUUCCUAUCACUCGUUCAAAAAGAAGGUGGCUGUUGUGUUGUACUUUCUCGGCUCCGACGGAGGUUACCGUGAAACGGCCGCUGCAUUUGGAAUGUCCAAGUCGUGGUGCAUCAAUGUUGUCAGCGUGUUGGUGGGAGUCCUGUCGUCUAGCGCAGAAAACGUGGAUCAGUCUACCAAGAAACUCCGCGGAACGGUGAUGAACGAAAAGUCGCUCAAUCAAACCACAACCGUUGUGACUGCGUGCUUUGUGCUCCAUAACAUGUUCUUGUAUUUCAACGAUGGUUUGUUUGCCAUUCCAAAUCGCCGUCGCGACGGCAACGAUCAAGUUCAGCCGUUGGAUCAGUCGGAGUCGGAAACAAACCCAUUCCUCCGCAAGACAGCUUUGACGAAGCGCACUGCCAUUGCACGAAUUUUAUAUUAA